CAUGCAAAGACAGGGACCGUUUUGGUUGGAAGUUGGACUUGGGCUUGGACUUGGAGGACAAGAAAGAUAAGUGAGUGUUUAAGACUAAGAUAAAGCAAAUGGCAGCUCCUCUGCCUCUCAUUUUCAGGCACCCUCCUCUCCGUCUCUGCACUCACCAUCUUCUCUACCCUCCUCUUUCCAUAGCCAAAACCUCAACCAAACCCUUCUCUCUAAUUUCCUACUCUCCCACCAACACCAGGUCCUUUCCCAUCGUUAAUUCCACUCAGGUAUCUCUCUCUCUCUCUCUCUCUCUCUCUCUCUCUCUCUCUCUCUCCUUCUCUCCUUUUGGUAAAAGAAUUGUUGAGCAGCUACUGGCUAAGGGGUUUGCAGUUAAAGCUGGAGUUCGAAACGUGGAGAAAGCCAAAGCUAGCCUUCCCCAAGACAACCCAGCUCUUCAAAUUGUGAAAGCAGAUGUGACAGAGGGUUCUGCCAAGCUAGCAGAAGCAAUAAGUGAUGAUUCGGAAGCAGUAAUUUGUGCCACAGGAUUUAGCUAUGGAUGGGAUUUGUUUGCUCCAUGGAAGGUUGAUAAUUUUGGCACAGUCAACCUUGUUGAAGCGUGCCGUAAACUUGGUGUGAACAGAUUUAUUCUUGUCAGUUCCAUCUUAGUCAACGGAGCAGCAAUGGGGCAGAUUCUCAAUCCAGCUUACAUAUUCCUUAAUGUUUUUGGACUGACCUUAAUAGCAAAGCUUCAGGCAGAGCAAUAUAUCAGGAAAUCUGGUAUAAACUAUACAAUAAUAAGGCCUGGGGGGUUGAAAAAUGAUCCUCCCACAGGAAACCUUGUGAUGGAGCCAGAGGUAACACAAUCUGCGACAAUUUUUCCCCAUUUAGUUUUGACUGAUGGCAGUAUCUCCAGAGAUCUGGUUGCAGAAGUAGCUAUAGAGGCAUUAGUAAAUCCUGAAGCAUCUUACAAGGUUGUGGAGAUUGUUUCGCGUCCUGAUGCCCCGAAGCGUUCAUAUGAGGAUCUUUUCGGCUCCAUCAAGCAACGGUGAGCUUUGACUCACUGAGAUUGCUUCUAGAUUAUUAUGUUGGCAUAUAAGUAUCCCAAAUUCUAGUAGCCUUCUCAUGGAAGAUAUAUAUGUGCUUGCCUAUAGUGUUCCUUUUGUAUUAUCAUUUCUUUUAGUUACUUUGGUAUAUAUGAAUCUGGCAACGGAUUAUUGUUCCAUUGUCCUCCUUUCUUAACAUAGAUGAAAGAAUUGACAUUAAAU